AAUUAUAUAUUGUAUAUGUUCGAAUAAAUUUCAACAUGUACGUACUGAUUAUAUUAUUUGGUGUGGCUUUAGCUAGAACUCCAGCAGUGAGGCAAGAGGCUGAAAUAUACAAGGACUUUCUGGAUAAUACGCGAACAGAACAUGGCAUUACCCUUGAACAACGAAUGGCUGCUAGCCCGAAAGCAAAAAUUUGGGAGAACAGUGGCAGAUACGAAGGAGACAUUCUACUAGACGAUGUGCUAGCUGACGGCCUGCUUCAGUCACAUUUAACGAGAAAAGCAUACAUAUGGCCUGAUACUAAAUGGCCUGAAAAUACUGUUGUAUAUGAAUUUGCUGCUGCUGAAUUUGAUGAAGCCCAACGAUUAGCAAUAUUAGCUGCCAUUCGAGAUAUCGAACAGCACACAUGUAUACAAUUUCGGGAAAGGCGUGAUGAAGAGACGAACUAUGUUCUCAUUACAGGUAAGCCGGACGGUUGUUACGCAAACGUGGGCUUCUCGGCUGACCGAGGAAUCCAUGUUUUUAACCUGGCCCUCAACGAGCCUGGAUCCGGCUGCUUCGUUCAUACAAUUAUCAUCCACGAAUGGUUGCAUAUCAUUGGCUUUGUCCACAUGCAAUCCACAUACAACAGGGAUGAUUAUGUCAGGGUGUUGUGGGAGAACGUGUUGUCAGGAACGGAACAUAACUUUGAAGCAUACUCGUCAGAAAUAGUGAGCAACCACGGGAUUCCUUACGAGUAUGCAAGUAACAUGCAUUAUGGACCUUACGGCUUCAGCAAGAACGGUGAACCUACUCUAUUAGGGUAUUAUGAUUAUGAUAAUGAAAUGGGCCAACUAGAUUACGUAACUGAAUGGGAUUGGUUGAGAGCGAACCGACAUUAUAACUGUCCCGGAGCGUGGACCACGCCUGUGUGAUCAACAGUAGGAAACUAAAUCUAAGUUAUUAUUUUCGAGUAUAUAAUGCUUGUUGUAUUUUGUCCCACGGUUCAAAUUAAUAAAUAUUUUAUGAACAAAAAA